AUGUCCUUAAUAAAAUUGUGCCAGAAUAGUACAAAAACCAUACUCUUUAAGUGUACAGAAUCACAGGGCCUAUAUAUUUCUGCCAGAAAAUUGAGUAUCGUACCUUCAAUUUAUGAUGGCGAAAAUCCUGCUCCAAAAUUUUUCUCAUCGGGUGUCCAAAUAAUUCUAAAGAGAUUAACAAGACCUAAUUUCGAAAAAGUAUUUCGGAAAAGAACAAAUAGCAACAUUUCUGUACUAAGGACUCCUGUGUAUAAAUUUCUAACAGACGAAGAACUUAAAACUGAACAGUCCAAUGCAUACAAAAGUGCUGAGAGGCUGUUACAAAUGCCACCAGUUGUAAAGGUACAAGAACCUGUUGAUGACGUUUUAUCUAAAGAUCCAGCGUUAGUCGGAUAUGAUUCUUCAACUUAUUUGUUCACUGAUAUCACUCAUGGUGUUGCAAAUGAGCACAGGUUAAUAAUACAAAGGGAACCGGAUGGAACUCUAAGGAGCUGUGACCACGAUGUUAGAAAAAAACUAAAUCAGAUAUAUUUUCCCAUGCAGGGACGUAAACUGAGGGAUCCCUUAGUAUUUUCGGAUCCCGAAAAGUUGAACAGUUUAUUGGAGAGACAGAAAUAUGAAUAUAUCUUAGACCGAGCUUGUGUCCAGUACGAGCCAGAUGAUCCGCAGUACCAGAAAUUAACGAGCAUUACUUAUCAGCAUGUGGAUAUGAAUAAUCAGUAUGAUUUAAUUAGAUCAACUCGUCAUUUUGGACCUCUAGCUUUUUACUUAACCUGGCACAAUAGUAUUGACAAUCUUAUGCUAGAACUGGUACAGACUGGGAUUAUUCGAGAAGCUGUUCUGCUUAUGUCACUUCGGCAAGCUAUUAAGGAAGAUCUGGUUAAUGGUGAAGAAAGUACUGCUUUGGUGUCAGAGAUAUUACCAACUCGUAUACAACUGAGUAAACCAGAGUUUGUCUCCGAGGAAGACAUCCAACUAGAUACUAAAUGUAUGGAAUGUCUUGACAAAUACAUAAAUAACAACUCGGCUAUGAAAAGUCAACAAGGGCUGGCUUUACAGGGCUUCAGGGAAUAUUAUCAGCAGUUGAUAGAAAUCAGUAGGGGAUUACAGAAGGCCCAUGGAAAUGCUUGA